GGCUCGCGAUUGGCCUCAUGAGAUUUGAAUAGGGGCCAUGGAAAAUCACACCCACCGACUGGGGGAAUAAAAGAUGGCUGAGGGGUGUGUCAUUAUCAGUCUGCUAGCUGAGUGACAUCAGUGGGCAAGCAGGGCCUUCUGAAAGCUGACAUCGCCCCAGGAAGACGUCAGGCCUCUCUGGCAGGUAUACAACCCCCUCUAUAGGAGACACUCGGGAAUGACGGCGCUACGCCUAGUGAGGCUUCUCCUGAGGGCAGCGCUGCUCUCGCUUCUGCUCCGCCACCAUUCGCUCCAGCCCGUGCUCUGCUCAGAAGAGGACAUGGAGACCCUGUGGGCCAGGUGGAAGGGGGACUUUGGCGUCUCCUACAGUGAGAAGAGCAAUGAGGAACAGAGAAAAUACAUCUGGGAGGAGAACUUGGAGAUGAUCAAGGUCAACAAUGAGAACUUCUACACUGGAUCUAGCUCUUUCCUGAUGGCCAUGAAUAAGUACGGGGCGCUGACCCGGCAGGAAUACAGACAGCUGCAGGGGACCAUGAUAGACAGGUGGACGAUGAAGCCAGGCAAGACCGUGUCGGCCGCAAAGCUCCGAGCAGCUGCUAAGAAGAAGAAAUCCAAUGACAUCGACUACCGGACCUUAGGCUAUGUCACGCCUGUGAAGGACCAGGGCUUCUGUGGCUCAUGCUGGGCCUUCAGCACUACAGGAGCUGUUGAGGGACAGAUGUAUAAGACGACAGGCCGCCUGAUGCCCCUGAGCGAGCAGCACCUGAUGGACUGCUCGCGGUCCUACGGCACAUACGGCUGCAGUGGGGCCUGGAUGGCCAACGCUUACGACUACGUGGUGAACAACGGGCUCCCGCCAGAGAACUCUUACCCCUACACUGCAGUGGAUAACCAGCAUUGCUACUAUGAUAGCAACAUGAUUGUUGCCCGGAUCAGGGACUAUCGGUUCAUUCCUGCUGGUGACGACGAGGCCUUGGCCAAUGCCUUGGUCGCCAUUGGUCCGAUCACAGUUGCCGUGGAUGCAGACCACUCCAGCUUCCUGUUCUACAGCUCUGGAAUAUAUGACGAGCCGAACUGCAGACCAGAGAACCUGAAUCAUGCCGUAUUACUUGUGGGCUAUGGUAGAGAAGGGAAAAGUGACUACUGGAUCAUCAAAAACAGUUGGGGAACUGGCUGGGGUGAGGGUGGCUACAUGCGGAUGUCCAGGAAGAGAGAAAACGCCUGCGGUAUCUCCAGCUACGCGCUGUACCCCGUUGUAUGACCAUGCUGGAUGUCGAGCUUCAUAACACCCCGGUGUGUUUGCUCCUCACUUGUUUCUCCUUCUCCUGCUCCUUCUCCUCCUCAGGGAUGUCUGUUUCUGCGGUGUUAGAUUGGGUUACUGGGCAAGUAUGUGACUAGGUUUGACAGUACUUUUGUGGUCAUAAAUGUUCCUCACUGCUGCCUGUGUAAAAUAUUGCUCUAAAUAAACCGGACACUUUGGUUGGUC